GGGGCCAGCACCAGUGCUUAGCUAUUUAAAUUGAAAUAAUUAAAAACAUAAGUACUUCAGCUCGCAAAGUUCAAAAGAACUAAUUAAAUUCGAAGUGCUUUGAAAACUGAAAAAUGAGCGUUCAGCAAUUUGAGAAGGAAGUUCUUGAAGCUCAUAACAAAUAUAGGGCCCAGCAUGGUGUUCCACCUUUAAGUUUAAACCCCAAGCUAAGUCAGUUGGCCACCGAAUGGGCGCAGUAUUUGCUGGCCAGAAACCGAAUGGAGCAUCGCCAAAACAGUGGAUAUGGCGAAAACAUCUACAUGGCAUCCGGGGCAAACUUGGAGGGAGCGGAUGCCGUGAGAUCGUGGUACGAGGAGAUUCGGCACUACAACUGGAACUAUCCGUCUUUUCAAGGCAGCACGGGCCACUUCACCCAGGUGGUUUGGAAGAGUUCCACGGAGCUGGGCGUUGGUUUCGCCAAAAGGGGCAACACCAUCUACGUGGUGUGCAACUAUAAUCCCCCGGGAAACUACAACAACAUGUACAGGGAAAACGUGUUUCCUCCUCGGCGGUAAAGAAGACUUAUCCACAAACCAAAGACAUUCCAAAGACAAAAACGAUUCCAAAACAAAAAAGAAAGCUAGCUUCGGCGCCUCGAAGCUUAUAUACCCUUGCAGUCAUCACAAAAGCGAAAAAAAGCGGACACAACGUUGGAUUCCUUAUUUAAUAUUAGUUAAUUGACUAGACUUGCAUCUUAGACUAACACAAUAUGGAUUGUCCCAAAAUGUAUAGUACAAGCCUAGGGUAUUAUAUGUAUUAUAUAUGUAAAAUAAACUAGAACUACUGAAU